CGAUAUUCACGUUCUUAGAAACAACCACGACUACGCUCAUAUCUACAGUGAAAAAUGGUACUUGAAACGAGUGAACCGCCGUCUUUCUUCACGGCGACAUCUGCGUAUUCUCUUGCCGCGGUUGCACUCAUUGGAUUCAUUGCAAGGACUGGAGCGAAAGCACUCCUUCCGAAGAAUGCACGCUGGCAGGAUAAAGUCGCGUUCAUAUGGCUUGCUUUUGACGCAAUGAUCCAUUUCUCGUUUGAGGGCUCAUUCCUGUAUCUCUCGACAUUUGGCCAGACAGUGAACUCAAGCGUCGGACCGUUUGCUGAGCUCUGGAAAGAAUAUACCCGUGCUGAUUUCCGCUGGGGCGUUUCGGAUCCAACAGUAGUCUCACUCGAGAUCCUUACCGUUCUCGGAGCCGGACCAAUGUGUUGUCUGAUCUUGUAUCAACUUGUACGCCAGGACCCGGCGAGGCAUUAUUGGAUCGUUGUGCUGAGCACAGCGGAGUUGUAUGGUGGAUGGAUGACGUUCUGUCCUGAAUGGCUUACGGGCUCGCCGAAUCUUGAUACAUCUAAUUUCUUGUAUCUAUACGUCUACCUUGUUUUCAUGAAUGUCAUCUGGGUCAUUAUUCCGCUUUGGCUCAUGUACGAUUCAUACCAGCACAUUGCAGGCUCUUUGCGUCUAGCCCAACGGAGCGCAGCGGCGAAAAAGAAUUGAUGGAGUCUGGACGGUUUUUCUUGCAAUAGUCUUGCGUGUUGAAAUUGAAUUCUUGAUUUGCUAUUUUGUUAGUCUUAGUUUUGUAACCCGCUACUUUGAGGCAUGGUUUUAUUUCUGAAGGAUUUUCCGUUUUGUUUGUUGCUAUGGCCAUGGCGGGAUAACG